AUGGCAGCAGCGGUUGACGAUGAGGAUCAACAGCAACAGCAACUGCAGCAGCUGCGAGAGCCAAAGGAGAACCGUGUCGAGAUUGCAGAGGAGGCUCGCGUCGGAGGCCUGUCCCGAGCAUCUUUUGUGCAGACCGCGGCAGGCUCGGCUGCAGCCGUCCUGGCACUCUCGCUGGCACCGAAGAAGGCGUUUUCCGCGUUCGAGGAGAGCAUAGACAUGACCUGGACGUCGGUCACCACCUUCGAGAAGAGCGCCGGGGUCGCUCAGGAGACGUACUCCCCGCGGUUCGUGGCCUACCUCGCGCGAUUCCUGGUGAACUACGACAGCGUGAGCGCGCACUGGUGGAGGAAUCAGCAGACUUCCGUCUCCCAGGCGAGCGCGCAGGACUUCGCCAAGAAACUGGUGGAGCAGGGGGCGGCGGCUGUGUUCAAGGCAUCCGAUCUGGAUGGCGACGGGACCCUGAACGAGGAGGAAUUUAGCCUGGCCAUCGCGGACCAGCAGAUCGGCUUCGCAAAGUUUGAGGCGAGCGUGAACUUCGGCCUGCGCAAGUACGGGGGCAAGUCCGGGGUCAAGAAGCUGUUCAAGCUGCUGGUGGAGGAGUUCGGGGAGGAGACCGCGGGGAAGCGGCAGAUCGCGCUACUGUUUGCGCUGCUAGACUCGGACCAGCCGGUGGAGAACAUCAAGGCCCUCAUGGGGGAGACGGACAACUCUUCCAUCUUGAGCUAUAAAGUGACCAACGGGGGCCGGGGGUACGAGGCGGGGCACCCUCCGGCCGUGAAGAUCGAGGCGCCGCCCUACCUGACAGACACGGCGAGGGCGACCGCGACGCUGAGGCGGUCGGGCAGCGUCUUCAGGGUGGCGUUACGGUCGCCGGGGAAAGGGUACCAGACGGCCCCGACGGUGACGAUAUCGCCCCCAAGGAACCCGGACGGUGUGACUGCGACUGCGGUGGCGGCGCUCAAGGGGGGCAAGGUCGUUGGCAUCGUGGUGACGAACGGAGGGAGUGGCUACUCCGAGGACGACGAUGUGAGGGUGAUGAUAGACCAGCCCGAAGCUGAGUCGGGUGGCAACGCGGUCGGCUUCGUCGAAGGGAGGAUGAAUUGCGCCGCCGCGGUAGCUGUCAUGGACAUGGAGGUGUCGGAGGUGCGGGUCGUGCACAAGGGCAGCGGGUACGCGAGCCCUCUUCCGGCCAAGGUUACCAUAGACCCGCCGCCGCCGAGGGUAGAAUACGCUGUCCCCGGGGCUAGCGCGGAGGCCCAAGCGGUGCUCUCGCCGCCUCCGGAGAAGGAGGUCUUGAGGUCGUGGCUGCCCCCGCAGCAGCUGCGGAGGGAGGUGACCGAGCUGCUCCCGGACAACCUCGUGCCCAUGCUGGACCCCUGCCUGGCCAAGUUCUACCUCUCCCCCAUCGACGUGGCGGACCCCAACUACUGCGUCUACUUCGACAAUUCCGAGUUUCAGGUUUACCCCAGCCAAAAGCUGGCUAGGUAUUUCUCCUUCCUCGAUGGGCCCCGUACAAGAUACCCGGUGGAGAAGGAACGCUCGCUGGACGCCUCGGUGUUCCUGCGCUUCGCCGCGUGCGGGGCCGCCUGUGGGUCCACCGCGCACGCCUUCCUGAUCCCGAUCGACGUGGUGAAGACGAGGAUGCAGUCGGAACCCAAGAGGUACCCGGACACCAUGUCCACGUUCAGGACGCUCGUGAAGGAGGAGGGCGUCGAGGCUUUCUUGCUCGGGACGGGGGCGACGAUCGUGGGGUACGUAUUUUACGGGGGCUUUUCUUUCGGGCUCACGGAGUUCCUCAAGCGGCGCUUCGUUGAGCUGGCGGGCCCGGACUUGGCGGCGCUGUACCCCAUUCCAAUUCUACUGGGCGCAAGCGCCGUAUCCGCCUGCUUCGCGGCCACAGCCGUCACCCCGUUCGAGACCCUCCGCAUCAAGACCGUCACGGUUCCCAACUUCCCCAAGACCCUGGCGGGUGCGAUGUCGGAGAUGGUGUCCACGGGCCGCGCUGGAGACCUCAUUGCAGGUGUCCCGGUCUUGCUGCUGGCCGAGAUCCCCUUCAUGAUGGCCAAGUUCGCCGUGUUCGAUGCCUUCUCCAAGCUGGCCUACAACGUCUUCCCGCAGGCGAACGAGUCCGUGGCGGCGUCUCUGGCGAUCUCCCUCAUCAGCGGCAUGGUCGCUGGAGUGGCGGCGUCGUUGGUCUCUCAGCCGUCGGACACCGUCUUCGUCGAAGUCAGCGACAAGGAGGGAGGUAGCGUCGGCAUCAUCGAAACGGUCAAACAGGUGUACAACGAGGGUGGGGCGGCGGCGUUCUACAAGGGGGCUCUCCCGAGGGCGGCCAAGUCGGCCCUCAACAUCGCGCUGCAGUUCUUCCUGUACGACUCUCUCAAGCGACUCGCCAACGUCGCCCCGGACGACUUGAAGGUUUUCUUCGACGUCAUGUCCGGCUUGGAAAUGGGGGGCAAGAGCGCGGCCGACAUUGCUCCGACCAUCGAUAGCUUCAGAUAG